AUGAUAAGAAAAAUAAUAUACAAUUUCGUUAAGUUUCAAACACUUCCCAAAGAAAACAACUUCAAAUUUCAAAAGAUUCAACAAAAUCAAACCAUUCACAAAGCUCAAUCCACUAAUGAUUUGCUUAAAUUUUAUUAAUUAAAAGGAGCGACAUUGAAUUUGGUCAAUUUAGUGAGUUAUAUCAGAAAAUACACAGACUUCAUGAUUUCUAAUUCUCAGGUUGACGAUGAGUUCGAAAUGCAACAUGCCUAUUCUGUAUUGAAUCAAGUGCAAGAAAUGAUCCAUACUAAAUAGUAUUUGUAAUAUAAGGAUAAGAUUUCCGAUCACAAAAGAUCAUUCAUCAUGUUGUUGUCUUUAAGUGUUGAAAUGUUUCAGAGAUCUAAAGACCAAGAAAAUCAGAACAAAUUCUUAAGAAGUGCCAAAUUAGCGAUCAAAUCAAUCAAAGAGGAAAAUAGAUUAAAGGAUUGUAAUAUCGAUGAAAUUAGCGUUCUUUUACGAUGCAUCACACAAAUUAAUGAAUUGAAUCCAACGGAAGAAGAAGAAAUUGAAUAUUGGGCUCUCAUUGGAACUCUCAUUAAUCAAUUAACUCCACACAGUAGUUGCAAACUGUUGCAUUCCUUAUCUAAAUUUAGAAGCUUUAAUGAAAAUCUAAUUGGAAAACUAUUGCAUCCCCUACAAUACAUAGAAAAUAAGGACAUUAAUUAAAAGGAUGCUAUUAGUUUAUUCUUCUCCUUUAAACACAUCAGUGAUAAAACUAAGAAAUUCGACUAAGUAAUCCAAACAGUCUUUGUCUUUUUAUAAACCUAUAUGAUUAAAUAGUCAUUUAAGUUGCAUGUCAAAUACAUAGGGAUGAUCUACAACGUCUUAGCCACUCUGCCCUUAGAAAUUAAUUAAGACUUCCUAACAUUCUUAGAAUUACAACUAAUUUAGGCUAAUAAUUUGAGUAUGUUAUGUUUAGCUCAUUUGUUUUAAUUUUGCUAUGCAAAACCAGAAUUAAAUGUCACCAUCAAUAAAAAACUAGAAGACAAGAUCAUCACAUUCUUAAAUGAUUCAUCUGAAAUUGAUGACAUCCCUAAGGCAGAAUAAUUCAUCAUGUUCUUCAACACAUUAGGGAAUCAAUGUACACCGAGAUAUAUUGACAUUUUUAUUCCGAUCCUGAAGAAGAUACCAAUGAAUGAUUUUAUUAUAGGGAAGAUGUUUUCAGGAUUACUGAAAAUCACUUUGGCCUCUCAUUAUUUAACAGAAAUCACAGAUAUUUGUAUCUAGAGAUUAAAACAGUAUGAUAAUGCCAUUAAUAUCCAUGCUCUGAAUAGUAUUUAUAGAGCAAAAUGCAUUUAGAAUGCAAAGUAUGCAAAUCUAUUUUAGGAAAUCACCAAUUAUUAGAUUAACAAGUUCAAUUAGGAAAUAUUCAUUAAGGAUUAUUAAUAUUUAAUCAAAAAUAAGAAAUAUUUUGAGUCCUUCGAAUUUUUGCAAGUGUUGAUAGACUUUUUAAAAAUUUACACGUUUACUGGAAAUGAAGGGAAGGACAAUAAAGCUAUUGUCAGUGAGAGGUUAAAGGAACUCAAAACGAUAGUAGCCAAUGUGAAGAAUUAGAAGGUCGAGGAGAAUGCUGAAAAAUUCUUAAGUUAGUUUGAUGAAUUCAUUUGA